AUGGCCGAGCUGUAUCCGGAUCUCAAGGACCGCCCAGUCAAAGAGACUAUCUGUCUUUUCGAUGUCGACGGCACCCUUACACCUGCACGGCAGUCUGUUUCUGCUGAGAUGCUCCAGACACUGUCCAAGCUGCGACACAACUGCGCAAUCGGCUUCGUAGGAGGCUCAGACCUUGCCAAACAGCAGGAACAAUUGGGCACUCCGUCUCUUCCCGUCACCACCCUCUUUGAUUUCUGCUUUGCCGAGAAUGGCCUCACAGCCUACCGCUUGGGCCAGCCAAUGACCUCUCACUCUUUCAUCGAGUGGCUGGGAGAAGAGAAGUACCAAAAGUUGGCUAAAUUCUGCCUGAGAUAUCUCUCUGAGCUCGAGGGCCUCCCUCGCAUGCGUGGAACCUUCAUCGAGUUCCGUAACGGUAUGAUCAACGUCAGCCCGGUUGGCCGUAAUGCCAGCAAAGCAGAAAGAGAUGAGUUUGAGGCUUGGGACAAGACAAGCAAUUGUAGACCCCAGAUGAUUGCGGCCAUUGAGAAGGAAUUCCCCGAUUUGGGACUUACGUACUCGAUCGGCGGUCAAAUCUCCUUCGACGUGUUCCCCACAGGAUGGGACAAGACCUAUUGCCUGCAGCACAUUGAAGCCGAAGCGGACCCUACAAAGGGCCUGUCUGGAAUUCAGUACAAGAACAUCCAUUUCUUUGGUGACAAGGCGUUCAAGGGGGGUAACGACUGGGAGAUCUACACCGACCCUCGAACCAUUGGUCACGCUGUCAAGGGACCCGAGGAUACCAUUGCGCAGCUCAAGGAGAUCUUCGACAUCUGA